UUCGAGUGCGGCAGAGGCACGGUCGACAAAGGCGGCAUCGAGACGCAUUCGCUUGAUCCGACGCCAGCGACGACGAUCAGCAACCGCAACGGCCAUGGCCCACGAAGAGCACAUGCAGGUCGACCAGCAGGGAAGCAGGGACGAAGUCUCGCUCUCGAUCGAAGAGACGAACAAGCUCAGAAUAUCACUUGGGCUCAAGCCGCUGUCGCUCGAUGCACCAACGGAUGGGGAGAAGACGGCCGAGGACAACUAUGCAAAGUUCCGGGAGGAGCAGCAGAAAGAUCGGCAGACCCGGGAGACAGAGGAGCAUAUCGCGAGACUGCGAACGAAGCGUGAGGUCGCCAAGAAGCUUCAGGGCAAAGGGCUGGGUGAAGCAAGCGGCGAUGAGGACGAUGCCGGCGAUGCUGAGGCGUGGGUCAAGCGGACACGAGACAAGCAACGGCGGGCGGCGGUCGACAAAAAGAAACAGCAGAAGCUGCUUGCCGAGAAGAAGGCCAAGGAGCUCGAGGAGCAGGACAAGCUGGCAUACGGAUCUGCAGAUCUCGAGGGUCUCCGUGUCGGCCACGAUGUCGACGACCUUCUCGAGCAAGGCGAGACGGUCCUGGUGCUGAAGGACAGCACCAUCAUCGACAACGAGGCCGAGGGCGAUGAGCUCGUCAACAUCAACCUCAUGGAGAGCGACAAGCGCAAGAAGGCCGAGACCGACAUAAAGAAACAUCGCUACAAUCCGUAUGACGACGAUGACGACUCGGGCGAUCCAUUCAAGAAGCGCGGGGUUCUCUCAAAGUAUGAUGAGGAGAUCGACGGCCCGACUCGGCUCGGAUUCCAUCUCAGCAACCAAGGCACCGUGGACCUGUCCGGCCGAGAGACCGAGCAGGAGAUAUCGGAUGCGCUGCGGGCCAAGGCUGUCGCCCUGGAUUAUGAAAAAAUGCAAGAGAUCAAGGACUAUUACACGCAGGAGGAGGCCGUCGCCUUCAAAAAGCCGCAGAAGAAGAAAAGGUCCAAGGGCUCCAAGCGUCGACAAGAGCCAGACGAUCUCUUCGACGGCCUGGCUGCGGCCGAUCCGGAUGGGAUGAACCUUGACCAAGACCAGAUACGUGCUCCCGAAGGCAGCUACAUCCACAGCAACCGAAACACCGACCUCGACAACGUUAAUCUCGUUGACGACGACGAUCUGCAGGCAUCGCUCUCACGGGCAAGACGCAUUGCUGUCAAGAAGAUUGCCAAACUGACGCCCGAGGAGCUGCUACAGCAGGCGGCCGAGGGCGAAGGUAUCGGAAACGACGACGAAGAAACGGCCGGCGGUAUCGUCAUUUCGGAAACGUCCGAGUUCACACAGAAUCUGCUCGCGGCCCCGAUAUUCAAGUCACGCCAGCCCUCGGACACCAAGGGCGAACAACGCGACGACGAUGAGGACGAGCAGAUGGACGUCCCAAUGGACGAGCGAGAUGCCAUGGUCGAAGACGAUCAGGACGACAGAGCUGAACAGAAAUCCGGGUGGCAGGACGCCACGGAUGUGCCUUCUGAGACACCGGCAGCUACAAUCAUCGAGGAACCCGAUGUCGGCUCUGGAUUAGCCGCCACUCUGGCACUGCUGAGCCAGAAAGGCCUGAUCGAGUCUGUCUCUCCCGAUCAGCUUGUGAAGGAAGAGCGCCAGAAGCACCGGCACAAGUGGUUGCAGGAGCAGAAGCUGCGAGAGAAGAAGCGCGAGCUCGAGCGCGAGCAGGAGAAGCAGCGGAACCGCGAGCGGGAGCGCGAUCGCAAGUCUGGCCGAGUGAACGAGCGCCAGAAAGAAGAGGACCGAUACGUGGAGCAGCAGCGUGAGCGCGAGCGGCUGCGAGAGGUUGAGGAGCGCUUCAAGGACUACAACCCAGAUGUCAAGCUGGAGUACCACGAUGCCCAGGGCCGCAGCCUCAACGCCAAGGAGGCGUUCCGACUGUUGUCUCACAAGUUCCACGGCAAGGAGUCGGGCAAACUCAAGACCGAGAAGAGAGCCAAGAAACUCGAGGAAGAACUGAAGCUCAAGGGCAUGAGCAGCGUCGAUACGCCUCUCGGCACGGCCGCGGCUCUCGCGGAGCACACUCGGCUGUCUGGCUCUGCCCACGUUGUGCUGUCCGUUGGAAAUCGAGCCGCCGCCAUCCCCGAUCUUGCUGGGCGAGCGGCGAGCCGUACUACCGGCCCCAACCCUGGCUCGGCGGCUGGACGAAGCAAUGCAUUUGUCGAAGCCAGUGCCUCCGCACCCGAAAUCAACCGAGAGAAGAUCACCUUUGGCCUCGGCAACAAACGCAAGGCCGAAUCGAAUGCCCUUGGGGAGGCCGAGACCAAGAAGCCCAAGGACGAUUGAUCCUGCGCGGAUCGUGGUCUGGCGCUCUCCAAUCGAUUGGUGCUGGACGCUCCACAGCGAAGCAAUAAAGACACCAGACGAGAAUGAGCAAGGCCGAAGGCAGAUUGCUUGCCCUACUCCCACGAGGCGAGCGGCCACGGUGGGCGGUGGAUGGGCGUGUAUUGAGAUUCAAAACAAACCGUCGCCAAGUAUGAUAACAUGACAUCCAGUUUCAUUGCAU